GACUUCUACGGAACGAGUGGACAUCAAGUCGGCCCACUCUUCCAGGUCUUUGCCUUUUGCGGGCUCGUUGAGAUGCUCACAACCUUCGCCAAGACCAGCAACAUUUCCAACAAGCCGGGACUGACUCUGGAGAAUGCAGGCGACUACCGCUUGGGCGUCAACUUCCUCCCAAAUGAUCCGGCCAAGGUGAAGGAGAUGAAGUUGAAGGAGCUCAAGAACGGGCGCCUGGCCAUGUUGGCCUUCGGCGGUGCCAUCACUCAGGCCACCUUGACUGGAAACGGCUUUCCUUGGCUCUAUGCCCAGAAGGAGCAGAAGGCUGCCACCUUCGGAGCCUCCACCCAGCGCAGCUCCGCCCGUGCUGGCUUUGGUGGUAGCCGCGUGGCCAGGCAAGCGGAAUCCAAGGGCUACAAGAUGAGCGCCGCAGUGCCCUUUUUGCCGAUGUCCCCAGCCCUGGAGGGCCUUCCAGGCGAGGAGGAGGGCUUCGACCCCAUGGGCUUCUCCUUGGCCAUCGACAUCCGUUGGCUCCGCGAGGCGGAGCUGAAGCACGGCCGUGUGGCGAUGCUGGCAACCGUGGGCUGGAUCGCCACCGAUCUUGGCCUACGUGUGCCGGGUGAGCCCUUCCAAGUCUCCACCAUCGAGGCCCACGAUGCCAUGGUGAAGUUCGGCUCCAUGCCCCAGAUCCUGGUGUGGCUGGGCUACUUGGAGCUCUUUGGCUUCCUGGCCAUCAUCAACAUGCAGGAGGGUAAGACUGACCGAAAACCGGGCGACUUCGGGCUGCGGGGCUUCUACCCUGCGGAUGCCAAGGGCCAGUACGACAUGCAGGUGAAGGAGCUGCGCAACGGCCGCUUGGCCAUGCUGGCCUUCUCAGGUAUCGUCACAGUAGGCGUGCUUACACAGGACUGGAAGUGGCCUUUCUUCAAUGCCGUGGUGAACGCCGUCCCCGAAGCGCAGCAGGCGACCGCCUCCAGUCAUCGCCUCUGUGGUGCGACCGUCGUUCCACAGACCGCGCAGACGCGCACGGUGCGACAUGCCGCCACCAGCAAGAGCCUGCCAUUCCUGCCAAAGCCUCAGAACUUGGGCGGCCUGGUCGGUGGCGAGGCGGAGUUCGACCCUCUGGGCUUCUCCGACACCUUCGACGUGAAGUGGCUUCGGGAGAGUGAGUUGAAGCACGGCCGGGUGUGCAUGUUGGCAACAGUCGGCUUUGUCACCGAACAGUAUUGGAACUUCCCAGGCGGGUCGGAAACCCCGAUGUUGCCGGAGGCCAUCUACACUGCACCUCCCAACUUGACUGCGCUGCUGAUCUUCAUCGCUGGUUACAUUGAGAGCUCUUCCUACGAUGGCAAGCUGACAAUGCUGGACAUGUUCGAGGGGGAGGGCGCCAAACGUGCGCCGGGCGAUUUGAACUUCGGCAAGCGCUUUCUGCCUGGCGACAAGGAGAAGGCCGAUGAGCUGGCGACCAAGG